AUAACUUGUAAGACUAUCUUUCUUUUGUCUGCGUGACUGCGAUUCUCUCUGUUAUAAAAGUCUCUUCACAUCUCAACAGUUUUUUUUAGUUUUUAUUUUUGAGCAUCUCUGACAUGUCUGUAAAGAAACAGGCUUCGGAGAGGAAGAACAGUGGAAGAGACAAGUCAAGUUAUUAUCGAUGCUUGUCAUUCUCGUUCACGGAGUCGUCAUCAACGGAUGGGAAGAAGAAACCAUUGUCGUUGAAUCGUAUGGAUUCAAAGAAGCUCAAGGCAGAUAUUGUGAAGUGGGCAAAGCGUGUUGCGGCUUACGUUCGUCAACUUAGCUCGAGAAAACGAGAUUAAUAGACAUGAAAGUAGAAACGUUGGUGUUAUGUGAUGAUGUUCCGUUCUUCUUCUCUAUCAUUCAUUCCUAAUGAAAUCAUAUUAUUUCAAAAAAAAAAAAGAUUGAUAUGUAUUAUUUC